AUGACUCAAUCUUAUAUCACUGUGGAUGGGUCUCUUGCUGACUCAAUCCUAGAAUACGCUUCUGUAUUGGAUCUAUACAACAAGGAUUUAAACUAUACCUCUAAAAUUGAAUCUUUUAUUAUAACAAAUGAUGAACAAGAUGAUCAAGAUGAUGAAGAAGAAGAAUUACAAUUUAAUGAUGAUAUUUAUAAAGAAAUUGUGGAAUCAUAUCAAUAUUUAACAAACAUACCUGAUAGAGAUCUUGAAGGAUUAAUUAAUUUAGCUGUUUAUAUCUUGACUUUUAAUAAUGAUUUUGAAAAAUUAGUUAUUGAUUUUUUUGGUUCAUUAUUUGAAAAAUUUGAAUUAAAUAAUUCUGAUUUAAAAAUUACCAAAAACAAGAAGGCAACAUUGAAAAUUACAUCAAUUAUUUCAAAUUUAUCAAAUAUUUUCAAUUUACAAAUUAAUGGUGAUAAUUUCCCAUUUAAAAAUUUCAUCUUGGGGGAAAUUUUAAAAUUAAUUGAAAUUUUAGGUAAUGGAGAAAUUUUAUUACCAAUAAUUUCAAAUUUAGAAUCUUGGUUAACAAAUGAUAUUAAUCAACAACCAUCAGAAAUUCAAGAAGAAACAAGAUCAAUCUUGUUAAAGAUUUCAAAAUUAAUUAAACCAUAUGAUGAAUUAUCAUCUUUAAAUGUUUUUAAAAUUUCAAUCACCAAAAUCCCAAAUGUUUCAUCAGAUUUAAUUAAUCAAUUCAUAAUUGCAAAUUUAAAUUCCAACAAGGCAUUAGAUUUAUCAAAAAUUUUAACUGAAGAAGUUAUAAUAGCAAAUCAUGAAUCUUCACAAAAUCAUUUAAAAUUUUUACAAAAUUAUUUAAAUUUCACAACUCAAGAUUUCCAAAAAUCAAUUGAUGAAUAUUCCUCACUUUCAGAAAUUGAUUUUAAAUUAGUUUUAACCAAAAAUCAAUACUUGAACUUAUGUAAAAUUGCAUCAACAACAUCAACAAUUUCAUACUCUCAAAUUUCAUCAGAUUUAUUAAUCCCAGAAAAUCAAGUUGAAAUUUUCUUAAUUAAUGCCAUUAAAACUGGUAUAAUCCAAGGUAAAUUAUCUCAAAUUAACUCAAAUUUCCAAGUUUAUAAAGUUAAUUUAAUUUUAAAAACUAUUGAACUAAAUGAUUGGUUGGAAAUUAAAUCUUUAUUAUUAGAUUGGAGAUCAAAAUUAUCAAAUGUUAAGAGUUUAAUUGAUCAAGCAUCAAAAAAGAAAUUGGUUAAAUAG